CGAGGCGCGCUUCCCGUGCCUCGCGCGGCUAGCAGCCCGUGAGACACUAGGCAUGCCCAAAGUUUUGGGAGUCGUGACAAGCCCGCCAGACGCUACAGCUGCAUCGAAAAGCUUCGUCUGCAACAGAUUGGUCGCCGCAACGGCAUCGGGCAGCCUCUCUGCAUUGUUUCGCGGCUGGCAGCUACCGGUGCGCUUCGAACAGCUCGGAGGGAGCCGGCGCGCGUGCAAGCUCAAAGCAUUUUUGGAGGUGACCGCCGAGCGCGGACGGCAGAUGCAUAGGAGGGCAGCAUGCGCGCAUGAUAGGCUGAUACCGAUGCGUCUGGCGCUGGCAGUCGUCCUCGCCUGCGGUAGCGCGGACGAAGCGAGCCGCCGGCCGGCCCGGCCGAUGCGGCAGCGAGACGUGGACCGCUGGCGCGCGCGGCAGAGGCAGCACACCUACAAGCCACCAGCGGGAGCGCGCGGCGAUUUCAAAGAACAACUCGCGCGGCUGCGGCAGCAGACCAUUGACGCAAAGCACACGCAGCAGCCACCGCCGCAGGCGCCGCACCGACCGACGCCAAUACCGGUCAAUAUCACGUGCCCGGCGACGCGCCGCGGCUGCGCGUACGACCGCGAGGGUGGCUUCGGCGCCGGCCUGUGGGAGAGUGCGAUACCGCGCGAGGACGGUUGGAUGGAGCGUUGGAACUGGCGCCUGGGGACCCAGGCCGAGUGGAAUCGGACGCGCGACGCGCUCGCCUGGCGCUGGCGCGCGACCUGCGCGAUCUGUGCGAUGACGCCGCCCGCGGACCUCGUUACACCGGAGCAGCUCUGCGCGCGCUUCGCAGAGGCGCGCGUCCGGCGGCUCCUCGUCGUCGGCGACUCGACGUCACAAAGCUUCUACGACGCGCUCGUCACGCGCCUUCGCGCCACCAAAAAAAUGGGUAUACCCUUCCCUGGCGACCCCAAAAAGAAAAAGUUCGCGAUGACGCGCGGGGACGCCUGCGACACUUCGCUACGAGUGGCCUUUCUGCGCGACGACUACCUCUGGGGCGACGACGCCAUCCUCCCGAACGCGACCUGCACCGCGCUCGCGGCGCAGGGUCUGGCCGUUCUCGACAAGUGCGGCGACAGGGGUAGCCCACGCUGCCACGGGCGUGGAGGCGGGAAGCAGGCCUGCCGCGACGACGUCGUCGACCGGGCGCACUGGGCAUUAUCAUUACUGCCGAAGUGGGAUGUGGUGGUGGCCAAAACCUGUGUGGAAAUCAAAUUUACGGCGCAUUCGACCACGUCAUCGCCGGGAAGACUGAGUGCCUGACACACUGGUUGAUUUCCACACAGGCCAACACCGGCGCGCACCAGGGUAAGCCCGGGGCCAUGGCGCACGCUGUUCAGGUUCUCGCGGAAAAGCUCGCGAACGGCACCGGCGCUACGACGUUCCUGUUUCGCGGUAUCUACCGUCCCGUCUACGGCUGCCGGGAGACGUACCUGGCCGGGCCGAGCACCCCGGAAAAAAUCGAGGCCGUCGAGGAGGCGGUCGCGUCGCGGGCCGCUGAUGACCCCCAGAAUCGAGGCAGUCCCGAAUACAGAGCGCUCAAGGACACGUAUUUCUGGCGCAAAUUCCUCGACUUCGAGGCCAUGGUCGCGGAGGAGCUUCUGCCGAAGGUUGAAGGCGCGACCCUGUACGACGUCGGGCCGCUCGUGACGGCCCGCACGGACCUGCACGCCCGGGACUGCCUCCACUUUCACGCGCUCCCCGGGUCGCGGACGGGCGUCUUCAAGUGGUGGAUCCCGAUGCUCCUGGACUAUGUCACGGAGAUGCGUCGCCCGGGCGCCCCGCCCAUGAACUAUUCGAGCGCGCGCAGGAGCCAGAAAUUGGGCUUCAACGCGUGGCGUGCGGCGCUGCGCGAGCGGGCGGCGACGAGUAAUGGUAGUAGUGUGUAG